AUGGAGCAGGCCGGUAUGGAGACCACUGUAGUAAGCUUUAACGCCAUCGCCUCUGCAGCUGCAUCAGCCAAGCACUGGCGCAGGGCCCUGGUGGCCGCGUCAGCGAGAAGAGAUGCCGGCAUACCUGGUGAUGCUGUCGGUCAGACAUCCCUGUUUCAGAUUUGCAAAGAGCUGCAGCGCUGGGAGCUUGCAGUGCAUCAUCUUCAUACGCUGCAGCAACUCCAGGUGCAGGUGAACCACAUCCAUUCCGAUGUUGUACUCACCACCCUGGUGCAGGAAAGCUGGCGCAGAGCAGUUGCGCUGCUCAAGGAGCUCUAUACGAGACACGUGGAGCUAGAUGCGCCUUCUAGAAGAUCACUGCUACGUACACACUGGCAGCAAGCACUGGCUCAGAUGACGAAGACGCAAAGCUUGUGCACUGACCUUCCAUCAGCAACCUCGUUCACCGCUGCUUGCUCUGCGGCAGGGGCUUGGACGCAGGCGCUGGCUUCAUGUGAACGAUCCAAGAGCUGGGCCGAUCGUAUUUGCUUCAACUCGGCUGCGCGCGCCUUUGAGCGUGCUGGACCGUGGCCAUUCGCGGUUCAACUCUUUUCUGCUCCAGCCGAAGAGGAACCUGAUGCGACUGGCUUGGCUUCGGCCCAGCUUGCAGCAAGCGAUGGAGGUGCUUGGCGAGCGACGCUGCUGCUGCUCGAAAAUGCCAUGCAUCAGGCACUGCGACCGCACCUGUUGGUCUCCGCUUUCGACCCCGGUGCGCUGAGAUCAGCACCAGGGCUUUGGCCACAAGCGCUGGAGUCCAUUGCAGUGGACUGCUUGGACCUGCCAAAUCACGCGGACGAGUUUGUUGCCAGAGCUGAGGGCCUUCAGGAGGCCUCAAAAUGGACAGAGGCAUGUGGUCUACUGCUUCGCCUGGCCACCGCAAGAGCCAACCAAGCCAACAGUUGGAGGGUCGCCAUCCGCAGCCUGGCAGUCGCCAUGGCCGCAGCCCAAAAGGGUGCUGCCUGGCACCGGUCCUUAGCAGCCUUGCGUGAUGCACGCCGCCGCGGCCUGCGGGCAGUCGCGAUCCACGAGAGCUGUGGGGUGAGUGCUUGCGAGAAAGGGCUCCGUUGGGAGGGAGCCUGCGAGAUGUUGGGGCUGAUGCCUUCCAGAAGGAUGAGCCCCCGAGCGCAAGGCAGCAACGCUGCCAUCACGGCUUGCGCGAAAAGCGAGCAGUGGCCAGUGUCGCUGCGAUGGGUUCUAUGCAUGUCCGAGGAAUCAUUGAUUCCGGAUGAGAUGAGCUUUGGCUCCUUCAUCUGUGCGGCCGGGGCGCACGCAUGGCGGCAAGUGCUGGGGCUCUUGCUGCGCUUUGAUCCACUGAAUUCGCUUUGGUCUCCGACCUUCUUCCCGUGGGCAUUGGCAAAGAUGGGUUGUCGGACCCCAAGCGCUGCGGCGGCCCUUGUGCAUGCAGCUCAGGGGCCCUUGACAGCGGCAGAGGUGGCGGCUUUUGCCUGGGCUGCCGCACCAUGGCACAGCGUCAAACGUGUAGUUAUGUGUAGUUGCGGAGUAAACACGCUUGGAGCAGCUUGGCGGUUCAUCAGCCUGUGCGGGUUGGAGCGAAGCAAGGCCAACUUCGGAGUCUUUGGCCCGGGUAUUGCCAAGCAGCUCGAGAAGCAUGCGCUACAAUGCCGUGGCAAGUGCACUUAUGAGGAGCUGCGAAUCAUCGCCUCUUCUGGAGCUGCCCUAAGCCUUGGUCAUUCAUUCUUCCGGGUCUUGGCUGAGGAGGUUGAGCGGCGGCUGCCUCUGAAGAUACGCCGUGGAGAAGGUGCCAGCGGCAAGGACUGGCAGGAUCUUUUGGGCAUCCUGCGGGCCUUGCACUCGGUCGGCUUCUUGCCGAGGCUCCUCCACCAGCUCGCCGAGGAUUGCCUCAGGCUCACAGCGGACGACGUGGAGUCUGCUUCCGCCAUGCCCGGGCCCGACCCGGUGGUGUUGCAGAAGCCGGUGGGAUGGGAGGUUUAUGACGGACACGGGCCUUUGCAGCUUCGUGAUGAGGUUCUCAGAAGUGUUGGCAAUUGCCCCAUCUUCUACGAUGCCAGCCGCGACUAUGGCUUCAUCCACCGCCUGGACGUGCCAAGCUCCGGCUUGAUUCUAGCGGCAAAAACAUACAGGACGCACAGCUAUCUUCAGCUUCAGCUACAGACAGGAUCGCUACUCCGCGAGUACAUCGUCCUGAGUCAUGGAUGGUUGCCGCCAAUCCGUCGCAGGAUUUCUGCGUCUCUGGACGAUGAAGGCGAGACGACCUAUUCAGGCAUCGGCAAAGCGGCUCUGUCGAAGCUGAAGGUUCAGGUUCAAUGCCACCGUCACGGCAAAGCCAUGAGUGCUGUAGCCAUCCAGCUUGGCACGGGUCGGAAGCAUCAAAUCAGGAGCCACAUGGCCCACAUUGGCCACCCAGUGGCACGAGAUGGCCGCUACUCAAGCAUCGGCAACGGCUGGCCUACUUCGACUCACGCGGCGUCCAGCAAGAAGCCAAGGUUGGUUGCAGCCCAGCUCGGUUGCAGUCUUGAGCAAGCCAGUGCAAAGCAGAUUGCUCGCCACGCCUGGCACAGGAGCCAGCUUACGACCACAGCCGACCCAAAAGACCCGGCAGCUGUCCUGUCUCAACCUGCAGGCAUAUUGCAGCAGCUCAACGCUGAUGUGCGAAGUUGGAAUGAAAUGCAGCCGGAAGCGUAUGCGGAGGAAGAAGUGGUGGUCCGCGUAGCUGCCAAAGGAGACCGCCGUGUUGUUUACGCCCGAUUGAUGGCCGUCCGCGCGCUCGCGCCACUUGCAGCCAGGGGCAACAAGAAAGCCAUCGACGCCGUGGUUGCCGGCCUUAAGGACCAGCACAUCUCGGUUCGAGAAGGGGCGAUGGAGGUCUUGGCCAAGAUUGCCGAGGAGGGCGACAGCGUAGACGUUGGGCAGCUCUCUGCGCGUCUUACAGCCGUGAAGGCUUUGGCCGAGGCCCCAGAUGCCGCCUUGGCAGCGGCCGCCUUGGGAAGCUGCCUCGAGGACUGGCACGCGGCUGUUCAGAAAGCUGCCACAAGCAGCCUGCAAAAGUUCGUGGGCAAGGGCGGCUCAGACCCAGCAGCCUCCACAGCCAUCGAGGCCUUCGGUGCACGUGCCCUGUGUGGUGACCGUGCUGGGCUGGUGGCCCUCUUGACCGCUCUCGAGCGAGACGACGCUUCGCCCACCUGGCGCCAGGCGCUUGGCGCCUUGGUCCGUGCCGCGCUCCAAACAGACUCUGCCCGGCCAUCUGAGCUUGCUGUGAAGGUCAAGCCGACGAUUACAGUACUCAUUCAGUGCUAUUGUGCAGGAUUCAGUAUUGCCUCAGUCCACUACGGGUCAGUGGUCCAGCUAGCGGCCAGUGUGGAGUGCCAUGUACUGGACUGUCAUGUCGCUGUGGCUGCAGCAUCUUGUGAGCUGACCAACUGCCCGACCAUCCCUGCAGCAUCGCGACCUCGCGAUGAGGGGUGGCAGCAUGCCGGCUGGUCUGCACGCAGCAUGGGCCAGGCUGCCGGUGAAAGGUUGCAAGUGGCCGGCGCUCGCCUUCUGCAACCCAGUGGUUGGCAGAAGGCUCUGGCAGACCUUAAUAAGCUCCGACGGAACAGGAUCAGUGAAGUGCGGAGUAAUACAGCGGUCAUUACCCAUUGUGGCAAGACAGCGCACUGGCUGGCAGCGCUCGACCUUCUGUCUGGUUUUGCCCACCUUGACUUGGAGCCAAAUGUCAUCACUUUCAGUUCAAUGGUCAGCGCCUUGUCCGGGUCACAGUGGGAGCUGGCCGUGAACAUCCAUGAGAAGGUCAAGGAGGGCGCUGCUCAGCCGGACAUCAUCCUGCACAACUCCGUUCUCAACUCGUUCCAGGAACUGUCGACAUGGGAGCUUGCUCAAAGCUUCCUGUCUCCCGCAUCCCUGCAGCCGACCAUCGUCACGUACAGCACAGCUGUUUGCAUGUCUGGAAAGAACGAUCGCUGGCCGGAGGCUUUGAUUCUCUUGGCCCAGUUGCCAGGCCGCCGUCUGCAACUGAACAUGGUUGGGGUGGGCGCUGCCAUUACGGCCUGCGCUCAUAGUGCUGCGUGGGCGCGAGCCUUACUCCUCCUCGGCGACCCUCGCCGCAGGGCGCCCAACUUGAUUGCGUUCAAUGCAGCCCUGGGCGCGUGUGAGAAAGCUGGACAGUGGAGGCAGGUGGUACUAUUGUUGUCAAGGUUAGCAAGCUGGAGCCUGGAGCCUGAUGAGAUAACUUACAACUCCGCAAUCAGCGCGUGUGAGAAAGGUGGACAAUGGCAACGGGCUUUGCGAAUUAUGGAGAUGAUGUGGCGGAAGAAUUUGCAGCUGAGUGUGGUCACGUACAGUGCUGCUGUCAGUGCCUGUGAGAAGCGUGGGGAAUGGCAAACCGCGCUGCUCCUUCUAAAGGAGCUGGAGGAAACAGGCCAGCGUGCCGAUUUGAUCCUCAUCUCAUCUGCUAUCAGCGCCUGUGAGAAGCGAAGCAAGUGGGCCGUGGCAGCCCUCCUCUUGGAAUCGACGUUGAACUCGGGCUUGGAGGCCGAUGCCAUCAUCUACAAUGCCGCCAUCAGUGCCUGCGAAAAGGAGCAGUGGGCACUGGCGCUGUGUCUCUACGAGGAUGCCAAAACCCAGCAGCUGGAGCUGAACGUAGUCACACUGUCUGCAACCAUCAGCGCCUGUGAGAAAGGUGGGAGAUGGCAGCAUGUACUCCGCCUUCUUCAAGACAUGGAAUGGUCUUGGAUGCAGCCAAACAUUGUUACCUUCAAUGCAGCCAUCAGUGCCUGCGAGCUCUCCAGUCAGUGGCAGCAUUCCUUGGCGCUCUUGGGAGAGCUGCGCCGUGCCAUUCUGCAGCCAGACACCAUCACGCUCGAAGUGAUGACAGGCUUGUGCGAGGACUUUGAGUUGGGCGAUCGUUUAGCCAACCUUCUCUAUGAGGUGCUGAAGGAGCAUUCCUGGUCCGUGCUGGUGGCGCUUGCCCUGCUGGUCCAUAGCUGCGCGUUCUUUUUGCUGGAGCCUACAGCAUGGCAUUGGCUCCUACGGCUUGCAUUGGCAAAGAAUGGCAUGUGCUGUAGUACCGGCACUUCUCAAGCGAAAGCGUUUACCAAGUCCAUCCAGCAGCUUGGUAAGCAGCUUGAAUGGCAGAACGGCAUGCAUGUGUUGGAUGAGUUCAAGAAGAGCCGAUGCAAUGGUGCAGUGAAUGCCUACAGCGCCGGGAUCACUGCAUGUGGUCGUGCAGAAGAGUGGCAGCGAGCGUUGCUACUCUUUGCAGCCUUGCAGGAGAUCACUCAAAGACCAAAUGUUGUGGCAUACACUUCAGCCAUCAGUGCCUGUGAGAGGGCCUCAGAAUGGCGGAACGCAUUGGUUCUCCUGCAACAGGCUGAACAUGCUGCAGUAGAAGCGGACGUGAUCAUGUACAACGCCGUCUGUAGUGCAUGCCAGAAGGGAAGCGACUGGCAUCGAGCAGUUCAGCUCUGUCAUAUGUUGGUCAGCCGGACUUUAGAGCCAACCAUCGUUUCGCACAGUACCGUUAUCAGUGCGUGGGGAAGGGCAGGGCGUUGGCAGCGGGCUUUGCGCUUGUACCAAGACUUGCCCCUGCUGGGCAUGAAGCUGAACAACGUGAUUUAUGGUGCAUUGCUCAGCGCAUGUGAGGCCAGUUCACGCUGGCAGGAAGCACUCGAUCUAUUGACGGUGGAGGCCGAGAGCCUGGUCAACCUGAUCAUUGUCAACACAGCCAUCAGUGCUUGUGAGAAGGCAGCAGAGUGGCAAGCCGCCCUGCUCCUUCUAUCCGACCUCUUGGCAUCCCAGUCACGGCAGCCUGACCAAAUCAGCUUUAAUUCCGCCAUCAGCGCCUGCGAGAAAGCAGGCCAGUGGCAGUGGGCUCUUGAGCUCCUGAGACAGCUUGGUCGGAACCGGCUGCAAGCGUCUGUUGUCUCUUACAGUGCUGCGUUGAGUGCCUGUGAGAAGGGCAGUGUAUGGCUGCAGGCCAUGCUGCUUCUGAGCACUGGCAAGGAAAGGAAGCUGCAGUUCGAUGUGGUUGCCUACAGUGCCUUGGUAAGUGCCUGCUCGGGUGACAGCUGGCAGAUGGCAGUGCGCCUGCUUGCUGACCUUCGCCAAAGUCAUGUGUGCAUGGACCUGGUCACCUGCAACGCUGCGUCGUCUGCCUGCGCCGAGGGUCGCAGCUGGCUGGCUGCAGCUGCAGAGCGACGAAGUGUCCAUCUGUGCUGCCAUCAGCGCAUGCCAGCAGGAGUGGAAUGCAGCCUUACAUUUGCUGUCCGUGUUCAGCAACACUUUGCCGCCCAGCCGGGUGGCUCACAACACAGCUGCUGCUGCCUGUGA